AUGAAUAUCUCCUUUUUACUUUCAAUUCUUUGGUUUCAAAGGUUUCACUGUUACAAUAAGGCUAAAACGGCAUCAAAAGCAUUGAGAUUUCCACACAAGCGAUUAAAUCCCCCGGGCAUUUGUGCCUUUAGGGAUUAUUAUGGAUCUUCCAUAGCUUUUAUGACUAGAUCGACAAAACAGCCAGAGAGAAAGUAUCGUGAAGAAAACACCAACUACAAAGUGCGUAAUGUUAAGAAUAAUAUUUUUGCUGCGAAAGCACCAUUUGAUAAGGAGCACGCCGUAUCGUUUUUUUCAAGUGUUUUGAGCGCUUCAUACAAAACUUUUGAGCCAUGUGAAACUCCAGAGGGACAUCUAAUGACAUUUGCUAAACAAGUAGCAACUCUGGGUCCUGCCACUAGUAAUAAAGAUUCAAUAAAGUCGGUAUUAGACGCUGGUGUUGAUGUAUUUAGACUAAAUUUUUCGCAUGGAACACGUAUGUCUAAACUAAGAACUGCUAUGACAGUAAGACAACUAGAAAUAGAGACAUCAAAUGGCACUGAAUCUGAGACCGAUGGCUUUAUAGUGAAUCAUAAAUCUCUAUUAGGUGAUAUUCAGGGGCCAAAAUUGCGUAUAGGUAGAUUUAUGCCAAAUUUGGAUGCACCCGGGAAGAAUCUACUUAAUAAGGAUUCUGAGUUUGUUCAUUUAAAGUCUGGUGACCAUUUUAAAUUUGAUGUGCAUGAUAUAGCUGGAAAUAGAAGUAGAGUUCAAUUUAAUUACCCGGAUAUACUAAAACAAAUAAAGAUCGGUGACAAAAUACUUUUGGACGAUGGAAACAUUGUGAUGAAAGUUGUAGCUAACAAUCCACAGGAGCCAUCUAUAACAACAGUAGUACAAAAUGAUUGUAUAUUAUCAAGUAGGAAAGGGUUUUCUGUACCAAACGUAGUAUUACCCGUGGAUUUUUUGGGACCCAAAGAUGUAAGAGAUGUAAUAUUCUGUUUGGCUAUAGGAGUUGAUUUUUUGGGAGUUAGCUUUAUCCAAAAUAAAUCUGAUAUUUUAUUUUUGAUUAACAUAUUGAACGACUUUUACGGUUCCAAGUAUUUUGAACUGUUGCACAAUAGGUUAAAUGAAAUAGAUACCACUACAAUUGGAUCUGAUAUUGAGGAUGAAGAGGUAGAGAAAAUUUUAGAUAACUAUUAUAACGAGUCAUUUUUGCCAAAGAAAAAUCUUUUUAAAACAUUGGUUCCAAAAGAGAAUAGAUCGAAAAUUGGUAUAAUACCUAAAAUUGAAAAACAAGCAGCAUUGGAUGACAUACACAACAUAUUACGACUAUCAGAUGGAUUAAUGGUCGCAAGAGGUGAUUUAGGUAUAGAAACAGAACUUGCCAAUCUUCCAAUUAUACAAAAACGUCUUGUGCAAUUGUGUCGUCUGGUUUACCACAAACCAUGCAUUGUAGCUACACAAAUGUUGGAAACAAUGAGAUCAUCAUUAACUCCAACUAGAGCAGAAGUUUCUGAUGUGGCCAACGCUAUUUUUGACGGUGCAGAUGCUGUUAUGUUAUCUGCAGAAUCAGCUACAGGUUAUUAUCCUGCAGAAACAGUUAGAAUGCAAAGACGCAUUUUGUUCCAUACUGAGCAAGAUCCAUAUUUCCCUACGUAUCAGAUGAUUAAAGAAAUGUUACUAGGGAAAGAUAUAAUCGACAAUAUCAAAAUUAAACGGCCAUAUUUACAUGAACAGGUGAAUGAUUUACUUAAAAUAGAUUUAGAGCAUUUGGAUAAAUGGAAUAUAGACAAUGAGGAUAUCCAUAAUUCAUAUAAAACGAUAAAUGACAUUAUUUCCAGGGAUAAAAUUGACUCUAUAUUCAUUCAUAGUGAAGAUGAACUAGACCUUGUACAAUGGAUUUCCAGUCAGAGACAUUUAAUCCCUAUUUUCCUUCUGACGAGCGAUUCACGCUUGUCAAGACAAUCGCAACUUAUUUGGGGUGUAAAAUCGCAUUUCCUUCCUCAGGAUUAUGACAUAGAUGAAGUUAGCCAAGAUUUACUUAAAAACCUUAAUAAUAAUAUGAACACUGCGUUGUUAUUAGAUACCAAAGAUAACAAUCUCGUAUCUUCUAAAAUUAUUAAGAUAUAAUUUUAAUUACUCCAUCU